AUGCGCGAAGCGCAACGAAGGAUCAGCCGGUACUCGCAGAGGGCAGACCAGUUCGACAAGGCAGCCGUGCGGAAGCACGCUGCCCAUGUGGCUGCAUGGAUCGCGUAUGGCCCCAAGGGCUGGCUUCCAGACAUCAACGAGCUACAGCUCCUGAAGAAGUUUAUCGACAGGAUGCGCGGUGGUCUUUUGCCUUCUCGUUUGAUGGAGGUGCUGCCGGAGACGCUGGCUGCGCUGCAGCGUGCCGUGGCAACAUGGCAGGCCAGCGAGAUUUGGAAACAGGCAGAGCAAGAGCUGCAAAAGAGUCUCCUGAAGUUCCGCUGCUGCCGAAGGCCGGCGGAUGACGCAGCCAGCGGCGCUGCUGUCGCGCAAGACGUCGUUGCUGUUUCCGACGUCGAAUGCACCCACUCAGGUGGGUUUCAACUUGAUGGCGGCGAAGUCAUUCAGGUAGACUCAGGCGAUGAGGCAGACCAAUCAUCUGCUCAGGCAUCCAGCCAGCACUUGCAGCUUGUCAGCAAGAUGAAUGAAUGGGGCUUCCUGGAUUCCGCUCAAAGGCUGGAGCGCCUCCGGCAAGCGGAGGAGGCAGCCAGGAGGCUUAGCCAGGCCCAGCUGGCCGAGGUCGUCAACACAGCGGCAGCAGCUCUUGCGGCUCCUCGCAGGAACUUGACCCGGAAGGAUCAAGUGAGGCAGCAGCACCUCUGGCAAAAGCGGGUGCGACAGCUGCUGCUUGAUGCCCUGCACUUGUGGCGUGUGAAGCAGUAUGAUUGCACCGCGAUAGCGCACGUGCUGGACUUUGUGCAGGGGAAAAUCGAGAAGUUCGAAGACAACGUGGGCGACAUUGAAGGUGCUGCUGCCGGAGCUAUUUGGUCUUCCAUCAAGCAGGCCGUCAACGACAUGCUCCAUUCCGCCGAAGAGAACGCGCAAAGCGCUGAGCGCGCCUUUCCCGCUGCCAAAGCUGUGGGCCCACGGAACAGACUAGAACGCCAAAGUGGCAUCCAAGGAAUCAGCUGGCUACGGUUCGGCUGGAGUGUCUCAUGGCGGGAUGGCAAGCUCAAAAGGAUAUUCUUCUCCGUUUCCAAGUUCGUGAAGCAGGGCCUCAGUGAAGAGGCGGCUGUGACGGCAGCCCUGGAAGAGGCCAAGACCUUCCGCGAAGAGCUCGUGCACCAGGGCAAGCUGCAGCCCUCGAAGCCUAGCAAAUCCUUCAGCUCUUCAGUGAGAGGCGUUUGGUUCAGCAACUGGCAUCAGAAGUGGCGGGUGCUGUUCCCAGAUCCAGCGGGUAAGGGACAGCGCAUCUCCGGCGGCUACUUCGGUACGAAGGAGCAAGCCGAGGCAAAAGCUCGGGAGAUGGCCCGGCAGUUUGGUGUGCCAGCCGAGACUGAAGUGGUACCGGCGAGGAAGCUUUCGGACCUGCCAUACUUCGAGCCUCUCGGGGCGCAGAAGGGGGUGCGAUGGAACCUUGGCGAGCAGUGCUGGCAUGCCACUUUCUUGUGCCGGACAAGCAAAAAGACCAAGAACAUGCGGUUCCGGCCCAAGGACUUGUCGCAGCAUGAGGUGGCGAAGAUGUGGAAGCAGGCAGUGGCGUGGAUGCAGUGCCCACUGAACCACUAUCCGAGCGAGGGGGACUGCGCGGACUACCUGUGCAAAGAGAGCGAUGAGGCCCUGAAGUUGUUUCCCAGCGGGCAAUCCUUCAAGAGGAUUUGGUUUUCUUCCCUGGACUGGCUUGGAGAGCCACCCACAGUACAGCUAUCCUACGAGCUCUUCUUCAACGGUGCACUGGCGGCAGUACAGCUCCUACUAUGCCCAGUGGCGCAGUAA